UCGGUUCGGUUCAAAACUAAUUACGUUCCUCAGCUAAGGAUACCUUCCCCGGUUAGUUGGAUUUUCCUAUUAAAGUGUGUUCAGUACAAAGUGUGUUCAUAGCCUACUUCUAGUAUCUACGAGGUCUGCCCGAGAAAUCAAUCAUUAAGUUUGUGGAAAAAAAUGUCAAUGUCAAACAUAACGAUGGAUUCGAACGAACAACAUUUCAGUGAAAAUAUAUAGGCCAGAACGAUAACCAGUUGUGUCGCUUUACUAAGGAUUUCCGUUCUUUUGGAUAGCCAUUUUUAGUGCAGUGCUUGGGAAAAUUGCCGUGAAAUAAUGCUACCUCGAAAAGAUAACGUAACAAAAUCGUCCAAACUGCCAAAACGAAAGUCGUCCAGCGAAGAUGAUAGCAGUGAGGAAGGUUCUACCAGUUCCGGCUCGACGGAUGGAUCCGGUUCCAGCUCCGGUUCGGACUCCGAAAUGGACACCACGGAAACUUCCUUUUCAUCGAAAAGUGCAGUGGAGUGCGUCGGCAGCAGCAAACAGCAGGGUUUGCUGAAAGUUAACCACAGGUCCUAUACGGUGUUUUGCGAUUCUAGCAGAAAUUCCAAAAGCUUUUGCCAUAGUAACGUUCCGGUCGAACCACUUGACGAAGCUAGGAAAGAUCCUAAUCGCACUAGAAAAACUCGCACCAGAAACGAGCAAGUUUUACCUAGAAACAAGAAAUCAAAACGAAUACCACCAAUCAGUAUUUGCAUACUAAACAGCCGCUACGAUAUCUUACCACGAAUGUGCCGAAGGCUUGGCUACCGACUUGUUAGCGAGAACGAACACUGGAACGUGUGCUGGACGGAUUCGCUGGUUGGGGUGGACUUCUGUCGGGAUAUGCGCCGGUUUCAGAAAAUCAAUCACUUCCCAGGAAUGUUCGAGAUCUGUCGCAAGGAUUUGCUGGCGCGCAACUUGAACCGAAUGCUAAAGUUGUUCCCGACCGAGUACCAGAUUUUCCCGAAGACCUGGGUUUUUCCGGCUGACCUGGGUGAAGCAAUCGCCUACAGCAGGACCCAUCGGAGUAAAACGUACAUUCUAAAACCGGACCAGGGCUCGCAGGGCAGAGGCAUAUUUCUGACGAAAAAUCUGAAGGAGAUCAAUCCUCGCGAUCGGAUGAUUUGUCAGGUGUAUAUUCACCGGCCUCUGCUGAUUGAUGGGUACAAGUUUGACCUACGGGUGUACACACUGGUUACCUCGACAGACCCGCUGCGGAUAUUCGUGUACAAGGAAGGGCUGGCUCGGUUCGCUACGAACAAGUACCGGGAGCCAUGCAUUACCAACACCUCGAAUAAUUUCAUGCACUUGACCAAUUAUUCCGUCAACAAGUACAGUCGGUGUUUCUCGAACGAUGAUGAGGUUGGCAGCAAACGGAGGUUUGCUACCCUGAACCGCAUCCUCACCUCGGAGGGAUACGAUAUUGCGGAGCUUUGGAGUAAUAUUGACGAUGUAAUUGUGAAAACGAUACUCAGUGCGUGGCAGGUGCUGAGGCACACGUAUCAAGCGAGCUUCCCGACCCACGACAUCAUUCAAGCGUGCUUCGAAAUACUUGGUUUCGAUAUACUUAUUGAUCAUAAACUGAAACCCUCCAUCCUGGAGGUGAAUCAUUCACCCUCGUUUCAUACAGACGAAGCUAUCGAUCGGGAAAUCAAGGAAGCGCUGAUACACGACACCUUUGUGAUGCUGAACUUGAACGGAGAGGUGAAGAAGCGUGUACUUGAAGAGGACAAACGACGUAUACAGAAUAGACUGUUGCAAAGACUGCGUGAGUAUUCGAAAUGUAAAGAAACGAGCAAGGAGAGUAGUAGUGAUAGUAAAAACGGAGAUGAAGAAGAUCCGAACUCGGAGGAUCGCUUCGGACCAUGGGGCGAGCAAAUCAAUUGGGAGGAAACACAUCUGGGAGGGUUCCGACGGAUACUGCCAGCUCCUGGUGAUCCAGAUCGUUAUGCGCAUCUAUUUCUCGCGCAAACACAAGCUUCGGUGUACAACGAAACUGCCGCCAGUAAGAAACGCGAGGAGUGUGCCAAACAACAACGAAUCGAAUUGGAGGAGCGCUACAAACACAAUCAAGCGAUGUUGAAUAAAAACAAUCCUAGAGGGCAGCUGGGUGCGAAGUCACUUUGUGCGGGCGAAGAUGGAGCUUUGUCCGCUAUUAAGAAAAAAGCAAAGAAACGAAAACCCAAACCUAUCAAGAAAAAGGACGAAUUCAGUCCCGAUUAUAUCGUUGACUAUGAAGAGCGGGAACGAAUGGCUCUUCUAGCGCAAAGAGAUUUUCUCAUCAGGACCUGCGGUUUAGUACAGAAUAUAUAUUUGAACUUCAACCGAAAUAAGUUGCUCACCAUAUCGGACCAUCGCAAGUACAAAGAGGUGUUCGCCAAGCUGGUAGCUAACGAUCUGCUUCAGCAGGAACAGUCUAAUUCAUCUGGCACAACCACAUGUCUUCCGGUUCUGUCGAACCAUCACGGCAGCAAUGCCACCACUAGCAGCUCCAACCAGAAACUGCAUCUGAAAAGUCUGGUAACGAUUAACGACACCGCCUCGUGGAUGCAGUGCACGGAGAUAGCACCACCCAGCAGACCGCCGUUACCAUACCUACUGGCAUCCCAGCCAACCAAUUAUCGAAGCACCAAGUCCACCAUGGCACGCCAGGUCACCAACGUCGUCAAACGGCACAGCAUAGACGCCAGACAAUUAUACUCGGCCUCCGAUAAGGUUAUCUAGUAUUGAGUUUGUGCGGAUCGUGCUCUCCUAUUGGUCUGCUCGUUCCUAUGCAACAGGACUGCAAUUACUGCGAUUGCGCGACUAGGUUCUUUUCCCCUCCAGAGUAAACUAAUCACCAAAUUCUGCCAGAGCUUGCAA